UGAGAACUGAAAUUCAAAAUUCAGUCAGAAACUUAACAAUGAAAAAGAUUUUGAUUUUCAAAAUAUUAAAAUAAAAAACAGAAAAUCAUCCGAAGGAAGAAUUGGAUUUGGUGGAGGGAAAAUACAAGAGCACAAGAAAGAAACUUUCCGUUUCCAAAAUAUCAUUUCGACCUACACGGUUUAAGAAAGAAAUUCUCGAUUGUCUCGUUUUAUUCAUUGUGUGAGCUUAGAAACAAACAUUGCAGAUCAAUGAUGGUUUUGAACGACAACAAGGGUUUGGAUCCCCGAGCGAUACACGCACGAGUCAUAAAAUCCAACAUAACAGACAUUGCCAUAUUCAACAACCUCGUAACACACUACUUCAAAUCCAACCUCUCUUCCUAUGCUCUCUCCCUCUUCAACCGAAUCCCUUCUCCCAACGUUGUGACAUGGACUUCACUCAUCACCGCACAUUCUAACACCCUCCUCUCCCUCCAUUAUUUCCUCUCCAUGCUUCGCCACACUAUCCUCCCCAACCACCGCACCGUCGCUUCCCUUUUCGCCACAUGCGCUUCCCUCUCUUGUCUCUCCUUCGGCCUCUCCCUCCAUUCCCUCUCCCUUAAACUCGCACUCUCUCACCACCCUUUUCCCUCUUCCUCGCUCCUCACUUUUUACUCCAAAUGUCGACUUCCCAACCAUGCCCUUCAAGUGUUCGACCAAACUCCCCACAGAGACAAUGUUUCUUACUCCGCUAUCAUUGUCGCUCUUUCUCAGAAUUUUCGAUAUUCUGACGCUCUUUUCCUCUUUGCUGACAUGAGAUGUCAGGGUUUUAUGUCUACUGUUCAUAGUGUUUCUGCCAGUCUACGUGCUGCUGCUCAGCUUGCUGCGUUGGAGCAGUGUAGGAUUAUUCAUGCACACUCUGUUGUUGCUGGUCUUGAUUCAAGUGUUGUUGUUGCUACUUCUCUUGUUGAUGGGUAUGGUAAAACGGGUCUUGUUAACGAUGCAAGACGGGUUUUUGAGGAUAAUUUGUAUUGCAUGAAUGUUGUGGGUUGGAAUGCAAUGAUGGCUGGUUAUGCACAACAAGGGGAUUGCCAAACUACUUUUGAACUGUUUGAUUCUAUGGAAGGUUGUGGACUUGUGCCUGAUGAGUAUAGUUUUUUGGCGAUUCUAACUUCGCUAUAUAAUGCUGGGAUGUUUCUACAGAUUGAUUUGUGGUUGAAUAGGAUGAAAGUGGGUUAUGGUUUGGAACCGACUCUUGAGCAUUAUACAUGUUUGGUGGGUGGAAUGGCCCGUGCUGGACAAUUGGAGCGUGCUGAGCAGAUAGCAUUGACGAUGCCAUUUAAACCCGAUGCCGCAGUUUGGCGAGCUUUGCUAUCUGCUUGUGCGUACCAUGGUGCGGUUGAUAAGGCUCGGGUUAUGGCUAGGAAGGUAUUGGAACUAGAGCCCCAUGAUGAUUCUGCUUUUGUAAUUGUUGCUAAUGUUUUAUCGGCUGCUGGAAGGUGGGAUGAUGUUGCGGAGUUGAGGAAGACUAUGAAAGAUAAGAGGGUGAAGAAGAAAGGAGGGAGGAGUUGGAUUGAGGUGCAGGGGAAAGUUCAUGUUUUUGUUGCAGGGGAUUGGAAGCAUGAGAGGUCAGUGGAGAUUUAUCAGAAGCUGUCCGAGUUGAUGGGGGAUAUUGAGAAAUUAGGAUAUGUUCCUGUUUGGGAUGAGUUGUUGCAUAAUGUUGGGGAAGAAAAGAGAAAGGAAGCUCUUUGGUAUCACAGUGAGAAGUUGGCAGUUGCGUUUGGAGUGUUGUGUGGAUCUGUACCACAGGGUAAGCCAUUAAGGAUUGUGAAGAAUUUGAGGAUUUGUAAAGAUUGCCACGAGGCUUUUAAGUAUAUGACUAGAGUUUUAGAAAGGGAAAUUAUUGUAAGGGACGUCAACAGAUACCACAGAUUUCUGAAUGGCGAUUGUAGUUGUAAAGAUAUAUGGUAAUAGCAUUAGCAUAUAUCACAGAACUAUUUUUUCCAUGACCAUGACAAAUGUUGCUGGAGAAACAAAACUAUUUGUUCCUCGUAAUUGAGAUGCAGAUAAGGGAGAAUGAUAUGCGGCAGUACACACAAACCACCUGAGGACUGAUGCUCGAACAACAUUCUCGAACUGAUCAGGUGACUGGCUUUGGCAGCUUUUGAUUUGAAGGUACAAAAUUUUGUUAAGUUUUCAUCUUCUUUCAAUCACGACUCGGCCAUUUUCUUACUCUCAUCACUUGAAAGACUGCAUUAUGCAUGCAUCAAAAACAGAAGGAUAUUGGGGAGAGUGAAGUGGAGAAAGAUUUCAUGUUUUUGGUUCCAAAAAAAGAACUGUUUAGAAUUUUAAAGGUACAAAGGUUAUUGAGACUGCCAAAGUGACUCAUGCCUUCAUCAUGCUGUUAGCCCUUAUAGGCUCCAACCAAGGAUGUGGAGAUUUCAACGCUUCCUUUAUCAGGGGCAACAGGAAGGGCAGUAUUUCCUCAUCUGCGACAGAGAUAUUCACUAUUCUUUUUGAAGAGACUUCAUCAUCGUCUUUAUCCUCAAGCACAACAAAAGCACCCUCAUCCACAGCGACAAAGCAUAGAAGCUCCAGAUUGUGAAGUAUCAUCCAAACCAACAGGGGAUGAGGGAAGGGCUUCCUUCCUGCUGUCUUAUUUUUCUUUCUUCAUAUCAUGAGUAUGUGAGUUUAAUUGAGUUGUUUAUAGGCAACCACUUCGGAGUAAAAACUAGUUAGAUUGCUUAAAACAUAUAUGACGUUUUGGGCUCACAAUAAAUUAAUUAAGCAACUCAUUUAGUCCUCCCCACUUGUAAAAAAAACUCAUUUAGUCCUCACCAUUAAAGAUGCUCUAAUAGUCUAAUUGAGUGGAGGUGAAAAGGAAAUCCAAGGUAAUAGAAAUAGAAGCCGGUAAAUGUAUGAGUGAUAUUGUGUGGAAAAUAGCAAGAUCUUGGCCGAUGAAUAAAUUUUGCACCCUCUACUCCAUAUCUUAGUUAGUUUAAGAUUUUAUGUACAAAUUAAGAAAGCAUUCAAUUGAUGUAUAUUUGUUGGGAAGAAAAAAAAAUAGGUGCCUAUUUUAAAA